CGUGGGACAGUUGUGAUUAUAAAAUACAUAUUGCUAGUAGAUAUGCUCAAAGACCAUGUUAGUCAGAAAUAAACUGACUGACAUAUCUAAGCUCUGGUGUAUCAUCAUCCAUCUACCAGGGUUCUGACUCUUAAAGGAAACGGAAGAUUCGUCCCAGUAGACUUUUAUUUUGAAUGUUAAGCGGAAAUCACCAUCUCUCCAUGUUUACGGAAACGCGGUGGAGAAAUCCGUAGAUGGAUUCACCCCCACUGUCCUCAACCGAUGUUUCGUUAACAUUUAAGCUGUUUUAUUUGAUUCCCUCUAUUUGUAUCGCCCUCCUGCAGUAGAUAGUUAAAAGCCGCCAUCAUGUGGGACCAUGAAAUCAGAGCCAUGGCGUCCACUCACGCCAUCAUCGCCGCCUCGGUGUUCAUGGCCACUGUCCUCCCCGCGGUGCUGGUCCCCGGCUUCUCAGUGUACGGAACCCACCUGCUGUGGCUGUACUCUGUGUCCGCUGCGGUGGCUGCGGUCAGUGUCUCCGUUUUCUGGCUGCUGGGCAUCUCACCGCCCACUAAGAAGCACACGCUGGGAUACAAGCUGUCGAGGCUGUUUCGUUCAUGUCUUUACUUCUUCCUGUCUUGCCUGUUCUUCCACACGGUCGUCAUUCUCUACGGAGCUCCACUGAUUGACUCUGCUUUAGAGACAUUCUCACUUGCUGUCCUGCUAACCUCACUGACCACACUGAGGUGUCUCUGUGUUCUCGGCCCCAACGUCCAGGCCUGGAUACGAGUGUUCAGUCGACACGGAGCUAUGUCUGUUUGGGACACCUGUUUGCAGAUUACAGUGGCCUGCACCCUAAUUGGAGCCUGGGUGGGAGCCUUCCCGAUACCGCUGGACUGGGACAGGCCAUGGCAGGUUUGGCCUGUUUCCUGCAGUCUGGGCGCUAUGAUUGGCUACCUGACUGGACUUGUUGUUGCUCCCGCGUGGAUCCACUACCAUCGCAAACAGCUCACAUACAAGUGCAAGUGAUGGAAAGACCUGUGGCUGUCUGCCUGGGCUAAUGUCUGUUUGGUGUUUGUUCGCUACUUACUGGUUAUUUAUUGAGAGCGUUUGCACCAUUGGCCGCCUGUUCAUGAUUUUGUAACAACAAAUUAUUUUGUACAUGUUCAAGAUGAGCCUGAUGAUUUUUGAAUGAAUAAAGAAUUGCUUUAC